GGCUUCCGGGGGCGGGGGCAGUUUGAAUCGCGGCUGAGCUGCCUUUGCUUUCUCUUCGUGGUUGCUGUUGGUGGUGUCUUUGUUCUCCUGCUACUUUACCUUGGCAGGAAACAUCCCCGGAGAAGCAGUCGCGGGCAACCACAGACGCAGCAUUUUGGCCAGUUAAAACCCGGGGCCGUUGGUUGGCUUUCUUUCCACCACUUUUCAGCUUCGAACCGCUCUUUUGUUCAGUCUUUGACUUGGAAGGAUAUCUUAUCCUGUCUUCAUAAUGCCAGCUGAAGUGCGAAUGGUACUUUAUGAAGAUGACUCAGUGCAAGUACAAUAUGCUGAUGGUUCCAAAUUGCAACUUUCUCCCUGUGGCUCUGAAUUUUUAUUUGAAAAGUCACCUCCUGUUUCAGCCCAUCCUUUAGAACAACCAGAAAGAAUUCGCCAAAGGACACACUUUGUUAUUAGCACUUACCGAGAACAACUACAGCGAGCUCUAGAUUUUCGAAACUCUUCGGCUAUUCGCCCUUUUUUAUCUGAAAACAUCAUACCUUCUGAAAGAAAAAAGCAUAUAUUCAUUGACAUCUCAGAAGUGAGAUGGCCCAGUCUUGAUGCAGAUGAUAGCAUGAUAUGUCUGGAAAGUGGCACCGUGAAGAUAACAUCUUUAGAUGGUCAUGCAUACCUUUGCCUGCCAAGAUCUCAGCAUGAAUUUACAGUGCAUUUUUUGUGUAAAGUUAGCCAGAAGCCAGAGUUAUCUGUAGUAUUGUCAGCCCAAAAAGACAAACUAGUUGAAAAAACUGGCAAAACCUAUACAUUUGGAAAUUUAUCAAGACAGAGACUGAAGAAUAAAGAAAAUGAACUCUAUUGCCACAUCAUGAAAUCCAAAGAACCUUUAAAGAGGAUGAGUUAUGUAAAUGGAACUGAAGGGAAGGAAAAGCUGCCUUCACCUGGUACAAAAUACACAUGUGUAUAUACAUGGAUAAAGCAACACUGGUCUGUGGCAGCCUGUCCAGAGGAAUGGAAAUAUCCUUUGUCUUUAGCUCUUCGUUUUCAUACUAAAGUUAGCAAUAUGUCUAAAAUUGAUGCACAUAUCACCCAGAGUAGAAUUUUAACUUCUGUUUCAGAGGAAAGAGGAAAAGAGGUUUCUGUUCUUCCUAGGGCCUUGUCACUCAGCUGUCCUGUCCCGCACCUGCACAGGUAAUAGAAGAAUGUCUUUUGUUCAUAAAGCUUUUGUCAUAAACUCUUCUUUAAGAAUAAUGGGAAAGUUCAUUUAGUUGAUCCAAAACUUUGUUUUUAGCUGAUAGUAAGUAAUUUUCCUAGCAAAUGUGUUGCUUAUGUUUCCUACUCUGUGUCCGUACAUUCCAUGUUCAUGGAAGGCUGACUCUAUACGAAAUACUUUGUUCAGCCCAGUGACUAUAGAAAUGACUAAGAAACAGUCCCUGCUUUCUGGUAACUUAGAGUCUAGU